GGCUGUUCCGCCGCCUCGCCUCCCCUCCCCCCGGCCGGAGCUCACUGUCUCCAAGAUGGCGGCCGUGUCAGUUUGGGGCAUCUCCGCGGUCCGGCCCGGGGCCCCGGGAACCCGGCGCUCUUCCCUCCCGGCAUAAGAUGCACAUUUUUUCUGCUGGGAAUGAGAUGUUCUUGGGUUCUUACAACUUUAUGAAGAGACUCAUGUGUUGUGCUGUUGAGAAAUUUGUUGCGAAGUUUGAAGACAUUUCAGAUAACAGGUUGUUUUGGUUUCUGAAGUAAAAGUGGGGAGGCACUCUAUUUUGUGAAAGGAGGAAGGACUCAGGCCAGAAAACUUGUAUGCUAUGGUUAACUGGUUCCCAGCCUCCGGGAAUGUUGUUUUCCAAGGUGUAAAACUUACUCAGCAUCAGGAUAAGGGAUAACGACUCUAUGGAUAUACAGAAUCCUUCACCAUGGUAAAACUCGCUAACCCGCUGUAUACCGAGUGGAUUUUGGAGGCCAUCAAAAAAGUGAAGAAGCAGAAACAGCGUCCUUCGGAAGAAAGGAUAUGCAAUGCAGUGUCUUCAUCCCAUGGCUUGGAUCGUAAAACUGUUUUAGAACAAUUGGAGUUGAGUGUCAAAGAUGGAACGAUUUUGAAAGUCUCAAAUAAAGGACUCAAUUCCUAUAAAGAUCCUGAUAAUCCUGGGCGAAUAGCACUUCCUAAACCUCGAAACCAUGGGAAAUUGGAUAAUAAACAAAAUGUAGACUGGAAUAAACUGAUCAAGCGGGCAGUCGAGGGCUUAGCAGAGUCCGGUGGCUCAACUUUGAAGAGCAUUGAACGUUUUUUGAAAGGUCAGAAGGACGUGUCUGCAUUAUUUGGAGGCGGUGCCGCCUCUGGCUUUCACCAGCAGUUACGAUUGGCUAUUAAACGUGCCGUUGGCCACGGCAGACUCCUUAAAGAUGGACCUCUUUAUCGGCUCAACACUAAGGCGACCAAUGUGGAUGGGAAAGAGAGCUGUGAGUCUCUUUCCUCUUUACCUCCAGUGUCACUCCUUCCACAUGAAAAGGAUAAGCCGGUUGCUGAACCAAUCCCCAUCUGUAGUUUCUGUCUUGGUACAAAAGAACAAAACCGAGAAAAGAAGCCGGAGGAACUCAUCUCCUGUGCGGACUGUGGCAACAGUGGUCAUCCAUCCUGUUUAAAGUUUUCCCCUGAACUCACGGUUAGAGUGAAGGCCUUACGGUGGCAGUGCAUCGAGUGUAAGACGUGCAGCUCCUGUCGCGAUCAGGGCAAAAAUGCAGAUAACAUGCUCUUUUGUGAUUCCUGUGACCGAGGCUUUCACAUGGAAUGUUGUGAUCCGCCACUCACCCGGAUGCCAAAAGGCAUGUGGAUAUGUCAAAUAUGUCGACCUAGGAAAAAAGGACGGAAACUUCUACAGAAGAAGGCGGCGCAGAUAAAACGGCGCUAUGCUAACCCAAUAGGACGCCCCAAAAACAGGUUAAAGAAACAAAACACGGUCUCAAAAAGUCCCUUCAGCAAAGUUCGAACAGGCCCUGGAAGGGGUCGGAAACGUAAAAUCACUCUGUCCAGCCAGUCAGCAUCGUCAUCCGAAGAGGGAUAUCUAGAGCGGAUAGAUGGCUUGGACUUCUGCAGAGACGGCAGUGUCCCCUUGAAGUUCAACAAGAAAACCAAAGGGCUCAUUGAUGGCCUUACCAAAUUCUUUACCCCUUCCCCUGAUGGGCGGAAGCCCCGAGGGGAAGUGGUGGACUACUCGGAGCAAUAUAGAAUCAGGAAGAAGGGCAGCAGGAAAUCAAGCACUUCGGAUUGGCCCGCAGACAAUCAGGAUGGCUGGGAUGGCAAACAAGAAAGUGAGGAACGGCUCUUUGGGAACCAGGAAGUCAUGACUGAGAAAGAUAUGGAAUUAUUUCGUGAUAUCCAAGAACAAGCACUGCAGAAAGUUGGAGUGACUGGCCCGCCUGACCCACAAGUCCGCUGUCCCUCUGUCAUUGAGUUCGGGAAGUAUGAAAUCCACACCUGGUACUCUUCCCCGUAUCCUCAAGAAUACUCAAGGCUGCCUAAGUUGUACCUCUGUGAAUUCUGUCUGAAAUACAUGAAAAGUAGAACCAUUCUCCAGCAGCACAUGAAGAAAUGUGGUUGGUUCCAUCCUCCUGCUAAUGAGAUUUACAGAAAAAAUAAUAUUUCGGUCUUUGAGGUUGAUGGGAAUGUGAGUACCAUUUAUUGUCAGAACCUGUGUCUUUUGGCAAAGUUGUUUCUUGACCACAAAACACUCUAUUACGAUGUGGAGCCAUUUCUUUUUUAUGUACUAACACAGAAUGAUGUCAAGGGCUGCCACCUUGUUGGCUACUUUUCUAAAGAAAAGCACUGCCAACAGAAAUAUAACGUUUCCUGUAUAAUGAUUCUUCCCCAGUACCAGCGCAAGGGCUACGGCAGGUUUCUCAUUGAUUUCAGUUAUUUGUUAUCAAAGCGUGAAGGCCAAGCAGGGUCUCCAGAGAAACCAUUAUCUGACCUCGGUCGUCUUUCCUACAUGGCUUAUUGGAAAAGUGUAAUAUUGGAGUGCCUUUAUCACCAAAAUGACAAACAAAUCAGCAUUAAGAAGUUAAGUAAGUUGACUGGAAUCUGCCCUCAAGACAUCACUUCCACACUCCACCACCUACGAAUGCUGGACUUCCGGAGCGACCAAUUUGUGAUUAUCCGCCGGGAAAAACUUAUUCAGGAUCACAUGGCAAAGCUCCAGCUGAAUUUGCGGCCCGUGGAUGUGGAUCCGGAAUGUUUGCGCUGGACUCCUGUCAUAGUCUCCAACUCUGUGGUCUCGGAGGAGGAGGAGGAGGAGGCGGAGGAAGAACAGGAGGAGCCUCAGAGCCAGGAAGGAGACUUAGAGACGAGUGUGGGGAAGGCUGCCUGCCGUGAGAACAAAGAACCGGACUCGUGUUCUUCCGUGGAGAGUGAGAAGAAGCCCGAAGCGCCGGCAGCGGCCAGUUCCGCGCGGCUGAGCAAGCAGGCCCUUCCCCGGGACAGCCCUCCUGCCAACAGCCCGCCGGCCCGCAGGGGCCGCUGGCCCAGGAAGAGCCGGAAAGCCCAGGACCGCUUCGGCGACAAGGACCCGAAGCUGCUCUUGGAGGAGACGUCAGCCCCCCGGGAGCAGUAUGGGGACUGCGAGGAGAAGCCAGAACCGCCCCCGGAGCAGGACGCCGAGAGCGAGGAGCCGCCGGCCGCCUCCCAGGAGCAGCCGGGCCAGGAUGGGAAGGCCGACGCGCCCCGGAGAAGGGCCGGGGAGGGCCUGGAGCUCUGGCGGGCGCCGCUGAGGAGAAGCCCCGAGGUGCUCAAGUGCGCGCUGCCCGACGGCCACGACAGGCUGCCCCGCCGCUACGCCGACGGCCGCUUCGGGGACGCGGACCGGGCCCUGCUGCGGGGCUUCAGCGAGAGCAGCGAGGAGGAGGAGGAGCCCGAGAGCCCGCGGUCCAGCUCGCCCCCGGUGCUCACCAAGCCCACGCUGAAGCGCAAGAAACCCAUUCUUCACCGAAGAAGGAGAGUCCGAAAGCGCAAACACCACAACAGCAGUGUGGUCACGGAGACCAUCUCUGAGACCACCGAGGUCUUAGACGAGCCCUUUGAAGACUCUGACUCCGAGAGGCCGAUGCCGAGGUUGGAGCCCACGUUUGAGAUGGACGAGGAAGAGGAGGAGGAAGAUGAGGGCGACCUCUUCUCUAGAGGGUACUUCCACCGCUUGUCCUCUCAGGAUGUCCUCAGGUGUCGCUCCUCUUCUAAGAGGAAGUCGAAAGAUGAAGACGAAGACGAAGAGUCAGAUGACGCUGACGAUACUCCUAUCCUAAAGCCAGUAUCUCUCCUGAGAAAAUGUGACGUGAAGGAUUCUCCGCUUGAGCCAGACGUGUCCCUGCCCAUGAAGAAGAAGAAGGGGUGGCCCAAAGGCAAGAGCCGCAAACCGAUCCACUGGAAGAAGAGGCCUGGCCGCAAGCCGGGGUUCAAGCUGAGCCGGGAGAUGGUGCCCGUGUGUGCGCAGGAAUGCCUCAUGGAGCCCGUUGUCCCGCUUCCCAAACCCGGACGGAAACUCAGAAUUCAAGAGAACGAAGAGACCAUUGAACCAAAAGAAGACUUGCCUUUAAUGGAGGAAAGGAAGGAAGAGGAGGAGCUGCCCGCGGAGGCAGAAGAGGUUGAGGACGGGGAGGAGGAGGACGCCACCGGCAGCGACGUCAGGGCGGCCUCCCCGGCGGACAGCAGCGGCCCCGAGACGGAGGCGAAGGAGCCCGACGUGGGCGAGGAGGAGGAGAAGCCCCGCGUCCCCGCGGAGCAGCAUCCGGCGGAGGAGGAGCCGCAGGAGCCGGAGGGGCCGGAGCCCGAGGAGGAGGAGGACGGGGCUGCAGGGACCGCCCAGCACGAAGACCACGACGCCGACGAUGAGGACGACGGCCACCUGGAGUCCACAAAGAAGGAGGGGCCCGAGGAGCGGCCAUCCCGGGAGGACGCCAGGGAGGAGCCUGGCGGCCGGGAGUCUUUUUUAGAUACUAACAUGCAGAGCAGCAGGGAGACGGCCAAGGAUAAAGAUGAAACCGAGCCGGAUUCUGAAGAGGAGCAGACCUCCCAGGAGGCGUCCGUGGUGUCCGAGCACAUGCCGGGCUCCGAGGAUGACCACGAGGAGGACUCGAACUCCAAGGAGGAGCUGGUGGAGUUGAAGGAGGAGGAGGAGAUCCCUCACAGCGAGCUGGACCUGGAGACCGUGCAGGCCGUGCAGUCCCUGACUCGGGAGGAGAGCGGCGAGCACGAGGCCGCCUACCAGGACUGCGACGAGACCCUGGCGGCCUGUCAGACCCUGCAGAGUUACACCCAGGCCGACGAAGACCCGCAGCUGUCCCUGGUGGAGGACUGCCACGCCUCGGAGCACAACAGCCCGAUGUCCUCUGUCCAGUCGCACCCCAGCCAGUCGGUGCGCUCGGUCAGCAGCCCCAGCGUGCCCGCCCUGGAAAGCGGCUACACCCAGAUCAGCCCGGAGCAAGGCUCCCUGUCCGCACCCUCUAUGCAGAACUUGGAGACCAGCCCCAUGAUGGAUGUGCCUUCCGUUUCAGACCACUCCCAGCAGGUGGUGGACAGUGGCUUCAGUGACCUGGGCAGCAUUGAGAGCACCACGGAGAACUACGAGAACCCCAGCAGCUACGACUCCACCAUGGGCGGCAGCAUCUGUGGGAACGGCUCUUCGCAGAACAGCUGCUCUUACGGCGGCUUGUCGUCCUCCAGCAGCCUCACCCAGAGCAGCUGCGUCGUCACCCAGCAGAUGGCCGGCAUGGGCAGCAGCUGCAGCAUGCUGCAGCAGAACGGGGUCCAGCCCGCCGCCAACUGCAGCAUCAAGUCGCCGCAGAGCUGCGUGGUGGAGCGGCCUCCCAGCAACCAGCAGCCGCCGCCGCAGCCGCCGCCCCCGCCCCCCCAGCAGCCGCCGCCGCCGCCCCCGCAGCCCGCGCCGCAGCCGCCCCCGCCGCCGCCGCAGCAGCAGCAGCAGCCGCCGCCCCCGCCCCCGCCGCCCCCCCAGCCGGCGCCGCCGCCGCCCCAGCCCCCGCCCCCGCCCCAGCAGCAGCCCCCGCUGUCGCAGUGCAGUAUGAAUAACAGUUUCACCCCAGCGCCCAUGAUCAUGGAGAUCCCGGAGUCCGGAAGCACGGGGAACAUAAGUAUCUACGAGAGGAUCCCGGGGGACUUUGGUGCCGGCAGCUACUCCCAGCCGUCAGCCACCUUCAGUUUAGCCAAGUUGCAGCAGCUGACUAACACCAUUAUGGACCCUCAUGCCAUGCCUUAUAGCCAUUCUCCUGCUGUAACUUCCUAUGCAACCAGUGUUUCUCUGUCCAACACAGGGCUGGCUCAGCUGGCUCCAUCUCACCCGUUAGCUGGGACCCCUCAAGCACAAGCCACCAUGACGCCGCCCCCAAACUUGGCCUCCACCACCAUGAACCUCACGUCCCCUCUGCUGCAGUGCAACAUGUCUGCCACCAACAUUGGCAUUCCCCACACGCAGAGGUUGCAAGGGCAGAUGCCCGUCAAGGGGCACAUUUCCAUCCGCUCCAAGUCCGCGCCGCUGCCCUCCGCGGCGGCUCACCAGCAGCAGCUGUACGGCCGCAGCCCGCCCGCGGUCGCCAUGCAGGCCGGCCCGCGUGCGCUGGCUGUCCAGCGUGGCAUGAACAUGGGGGUUAAUUUAAUGCCAACCCCCGCCUAUAAUGUCAAUUCCAUGAACAUGAACACCUUGAACGCCAUGAACAGCUAUCGAAUGACACAGCCCAUGAUGAACAGCAGUUACCAUAGUAACCCUGCCUACAUGAACCAGACAGCACAGUAUCCUAUGCAGAUGCAGAUGGGGAUGAUGGGGAGCCAGGCCUAUACCCAGCAGCCUAUGCAGCCAAACCCUCAUGGAAACAUGAUGUACACUGGCCCCUCCCAUCACAGCUACAUGAACGCCGCCGGCGUGCCCAAGCAGUCACUCAACGGACCUUACAUGAGAAGAUGAGCAGGACGAACUUGCAGCCGAAAACUUAAAUAUAUAUAAAUAAAGGAACCUUUUAUACUGACAAACCAGAGAAAAAUGGACCUUUUUUCCAGUUAAAAUAUUGCUGUAGAUUUAGAGGAAUUUUUCUUUGGUUUAUUUUAUUUUUUAGAAAACCUGGUCUUUUUGCGGGGGGGUGGGAGGGCUCAUUUUGUUCUGGGUUUUGGUUUUCUUCACAAUCUUGAACAUUUUACAAUAGAACUCAUCUACAAAAUGGAUUUGGGGGUAGGGGAAACAUGCACAAAAAUCUUUUCAUAAUUAAAAAGAGCCUUACUUUCUUUACACACCACAUGGACGGAAUUUGUGUAAAAGUGAAUUAUCUUUUAUUUUAUUUGAAGAUGUAUGUUUCCCCUUACUGUUUGCAGCUCCCAAUGUUGUCAUUUUUAAAUGUUAUAUAUACAUCUCGAGGGUUAACCAGACCCUUUCCUCCAAACCCAGCCUUUCAUUUCCUACUUCAUUCCAGCAGGAGGCACUUACGGGAGACUCGGACGGGGACAUGGAGAACAACCCAAGCUCCUUAAACUUAUUAUUAUUGUUAAUAUUAUUAUUAUUAUUAUUAUUAAUAAAGCGAGGCAGGAAAAUGCUUCUCCUUUUAAAAUCCCCUCCACUCCCUACACACAUACACACACACACCUCUUGAAACCUUUCCCCAAGAAUGUUUCUUUAUAGAUGGACUUCAUUGAAAUGUUUGUUUUUAUGAAAUCAAGUGUAAUAAUUUUUUUUUAAACUACUCCCACUCAGCACUCAGAGACACAAAAUACUGUAAGUCUCAAUUAACAGCAGAAACUCAGAGGAAAGCUGUUUGCAAUCCUAAUCCAGCCUUGGAGGAAUAGAGAUGGUCAGUUAACAAUCAAAAAGAGGAAGUUAACCUCUGGUUUUUUUAACCACCUGGUGAAUCAGCCAUAAUGCACAUAACUGCACGCAGCCUCUUGUUUUUAGUAUGUACUUUGAGAUGCUAAGGGUCUUGAUUCUUGAGGCUUUGACUCUGAUUAAAUUCAAACAGCAGUCUGCAGUGGUUAGCCUCUUACAUCCUUGCAUAAAGUGUUGGUGGAUGACUGUACCUGUCAGCGAUUCGAGAAGUACCCGACUAACCCUUGACACUGUUUACUUGACGUCGGAAGACGCUGCCGACUGUGUGUCGGGAGGGAGAUCAUGGUGUGAGUUUUAUAGCUACUUAACUAAUACAUACCUCUAGUUUGCAUUUGUCUUUCGCGAUCCUGAGUUCAUCCCCUGUGAAUCAGUGCACCAGCCCCUCUCCCGUGAGCGGCUGAGGAGAAGAGGGAUCAACGAACCACCAGCAUAGCAGGGCAGACCCUGACAAUGGCGGGGCGGCGGCCGGCGCCCGCGCUGCUCCCAGCUGCGUUCUCUUCUCUCCUGUGCAGCCUGUCCGCCCAGUCUCUUCCUGUUACUUGCUCCAGGGAUAGGUAGAAAAAAAAUAUAUAUAUAUAUAUAUAAGUAUAUAUAUAUAUUCAUAUAUAUGUUCCAUCAUUAGAAGAUGGACACUAUUAUACCACUUGGUAUGUGCAGUCAAAUAUCCAAAAGGGGGAAGUACUGCUUAAAGAAAUACCUGUAAGCAUUAAAUUCUCUCCUUUAUUUGUACAUUUUAUAUAGAUAAAUUUUUGAAGUACGAAUUAGGCAUUAAAUUUUUUCAAAUGCACAGGUUUGUUGGGUUUUUUUUUUUUUAAUAUAUAUACACUUUAAUUGACUUUCUCAAUUAAACGUGUUAGGUAGAAAAAGGCAGAAUUCCACAUCUUCCCGCUGUCAGUUCCGAGCAUGUGCAAGGCUGUGUAGGACCCAGUUUCUCUGUAUAUACUAUUCCAGUCCCCGAGCAUCUGUGUAGAAAGUGCUCUGUGCUGCCCUCCGCCUACUCUUCAGCUCUGUCAUUGCUUCCUGGUUGGGGUGGGGAUGGGGGUGGGUCGGGAGGGAGGUGUGUGGGGAGGAGGGUGGGUCAAGGCAGAAGGAGAAGCUGUUGAAACGAGGGCCGUGAGUUCAGUUUCCGUUGGUUUGCGGUUGUGUUUGGUUUUGUUUCUUUAAAAAAAAAAAAAUUCAAUCGGGCAGCUCCCUUUUCCACAAGCCUUUUUGUGACUUUAGAACUAUUGUAGAAAAAAUGUUCUUUUCUAUAUUAUAAAAGAAAUUAUCCAACACAGUAAUAUUGGUACCUGUCAUUUUUUCACUUCUGUUUAAAAAAAAAUGUAUUUUUAGCAAGAUAACUUGGGUAAUCUUCUAAAAAAUAAAUUUAAAAACUCACUGUUAGUGACUUUGAUGCCUUUUAAAAUAAGAGCUUUUUCAUUUCAUUCCAUCUUUAAAAUUUUUUAUCUUUGUUGUAGAAUAUUAAAAACUAUUUUAAGAAAGAUAAAAAUUCUCUUUAAAGAGAUCUCUAGCGUGUGUGAAUAGAGCUCCAGAUGCCUCUAAAAGCCGCAUGUACAAAUGAAGCUAAGUCUAUUCCUGUCUGUUUAUAUUUGCUUUUCCUGUUUUGUAACCUCUUUGUACUUUGCUCAUGGCGACUUGUAAGCUGAGGGGAAGGGGUGCCUCACUGCCUUUGUGCUUCUCCGUGUCACGCGCUCCUGGGCCAGCUGGUCUCCCUUCCUCUCCUUGUAUGUAAUAUCACUUUUUUUCCCCCUUUCUAGCAAGUACUUUCAAAAGAACUCUGUACAUUUUAACAUAAAAAAAAAUAAAUUAUGUUGAGCCAUUUUGGA